AUGGCAUCUCAGACCUUCAAAUACACAACCAAGCUUGUCGGCAAGCGUGUCUCUGUCCUUGGAGGGACGUCCGGCAUUGGCUUCUGCGUCGCCGAGGCCGCUCUUGAGCAUGGUGCCGACGUUAUCAUCUCUAGCUCAAAUGCCGCAAAAAUUGCCAAGACGAUUGCAAAAUUGCAGGACGAGUACCCGGAAUUGACGCGUUCUCAGAAAGUCUCCGGGUACGUUUGUGACCUCGCCAACCCUGUGGAACUGGAGACAAACCUCACCCGACUCUUUGAGCAGGCGACAGAAGGGCAAAAGCUACCCCUCAACCACAUUGCUUUCACAGCUGGCGACGCGCUCAAGCUUCCAGCCUUGCACAAUUUUACGGUGGAUGCCGUUAGCGCAUCUGGCACCGUCCGUUUUCUCGCACCGUUGAUCCUGGCCAAGAUUCUCCCCCGGUACAUGGAUAAAUCACCCGAGAACUCUUUCACGGUGACUGGUGGGGCGAAUGCUCAUCGGCCUCCCGCUGGUUGGUCUGUAAUGGCUGGCUAUGCGACUGCAAUUGAGGGUCUGGUGCGAGGCUUAGCGCAGGACCUCAAGCCCCUACGUGUGAAUAUUGUAUCACCUGGAACAGUGCAUACCGAGUUGUUCGAUGGAUUUGGUAAGAACCUAGAUGAGCUUCUCAAGAGGUUCCGGCACAACACUUUGACUGGAACAGUCGGCAGCCCCGAAGAUGUGGCGGAGGCAUACAUCUACAUUAUGAAAGACAAGUUUAUUACAGGCACUCUUGUGGCGUCUAAUGGGGGAAUACUCCUGGUUUAG